AUGGAUGGCUGGCUCAUCUUGUUGCUUUCGAGGCGGCGUCAGCUUCACGAGAUUCUCACUUCCAUUCCGGCAUACCUCUUCGCAACGCUUCUAAUCGCUAGGAUGCACAAACUGAUUGAGAAACCUGGUAUGAACGAAAGUACUAUAAUAAAGUAUAAUAACUUUUAA